UAUUCAUACAAAUAUUUAUCUAUCUUUCAGAUAUUGAUUGAUCUGUGAAGGUCAGGGCUUGAGCCCUGCUGGAUAGAAAAGCUGUCUUUUCACAGCCAUGCGAACUGCGGGAUGAAGCUAGAGGCUGUUGUUGAGCAGCUGCAGAAGCAGCAGCAGCAGCAAGGUCCUCUGCAGAUGGAUUCCAGAGAGAGACAGCAGAGGCAGAUGAGAGAAGCCCAGCUGCUUUUUACUCAGCAGUUGGCUGCACAGCAGGCUGUUCUAGCAGCCACAUCUGGCAGGCCUUCAAGCAGCCCAGCACUUGGCCCUUUGGCCAAAGUCCCACCUGCCGUUGGGGCCACGCGAGCUUUUGAUCAGAGCAGUGUGACCUCAGAGCUGGAGGAUGAGGAGGAGGAGGAAGAGGAUGAAGAGGAAGAGGGUUUGGAAGAUGGAGAUCUUGAUGAGGACACUGAAAUGGCUGGGAAAGAUGCCUGUUCUACUCUGAAGUAUUUUCAUUCUCAAAAAGCUGCCCAUCACAACCAAAGAGUGGCUUCUACCUCCAAUCCACUUCCAGCCCCAGGACUUCCACGGGGACAGCAGGGAAAGGAAGAACAGGGUAAAGACACUACUAAGCAAUCAUACUCUGGUUCCCCAUCUGGGCGGCAGACCUGGAGAGUGGAUGAGCAGCUCAAGCAGAAUGGAAGUCUGACUUGGAGCGAAGAAGCUGAUGGAGGCCGAGGAAGAGAAAUCUCCCGAGAUUUUGCCAAGCUGUACGAAUUGGAUAGUGACCCUGAACGGAAAGAGUUCCUGGAUGACCUCUUCAUCUUUAUGCAAAAGAGAGGAACGCCCAUCAAUCGAAUCCCCAUCAUGGCGAAGCAGAUCCUGGAUCUCUACAUGCUCUACAAACUGGUGACUGAGAAGGGGGGGCUGGUGGAAAUCAUAAACAAGAAGAUAUGGCGGGAGAUCACCAAAGGCCUUAACCUGCCCACCUCCAUCACCAGUGCAGCGUUUACACUUCGGACCCAGUAUAUGAAGUACUUAUAUGCCUACGAAUGUGAGAAGAAGUCCCUAAGCUCUCCUGCCGAGCUGCAGGCUGCAAUUGACGGCAACAGACGGGAAGGCAGACGGCCCAGCUACAGCUCCUCCUUGUUCAGUUACUCGCCCACCACCACAGGGCCUCCUUCCCUCCUGUCUCCUCCAAAGAUCCGCUUCCCGAUCAUCGGCCUUGCCCCAGGGAGCGGAACCAGCAACUCCCGACUCUCUCCUGCGGCAGCUCUCAGGAAAGGCGAUGGCAUCCCUCUGACUGUGUCCAUGCCAAAUCGCAUUGCCAUGCCAGUGACCUUGGCUAACCAGCAGGCGAGUGCAGCGGGAAGGACAGCCACACUGGAACAGCUGAGGGAGAGGCUGGAGGCUGGAGAGCCGCCCGAGAAGAAACUCUCGCGGAUGACAGAGGAGGAGCAGCGUCUUGUCCAGCAGGCACUGCAGCGCAACCUGUUCAGCAUGGCGCGGCAGAUCCCCAUGAAGAUCAAAAUCAAUGGCAGGGAAGAGAAACCAGACAUGACGGCAACGGCAGCAGCACUGAAUUUGUCACCCAGCGGCAUUGGGAGCAUUAACAUGUCUGUGGAGAUUAACGGCACAAUCUAUGCUGGAGUCCUGUUUGCCCAGAAGCCCGUCGUCCAUCUCAUUGCAGGAUCCAGCACCCAAAGCACCUGCAGUAGCAGCAGCAGCUCCCACUGCUCUCCCAGCCCGACCUCGUCCAGGGGCACCCCCAGCGCCGAGCCUUCGACCAGCUGGUCUCUCUGACGGACGAGGGAGCGGGCUCUCUCUCUCAUUGGCCUCCGGCAGCUCUGCCCUCUCCGUCCAAGGCAGAGAGCAAGCCAGGAAGGAGUCGCACAGAUUACCUCAUCUCAAGAAACCUGCUUUGGGGUUGGUCAGUGGCCAGAUGAUGAAACCUUCUGGCUGGCGAGUUGGCAAGGCCUGUCUGUCCAGCCUUUUUUGUUGUUUUUCCAGGUGUGACUGUUCCUGCGGGGGGCGGGGGGCGAGGGGAAAGGGAUGUGCAGCAUUUUUCAAUCAGGGAUUGUCUCUAGGGGCUGCGGGUGUGCAGAGGGGGGAGACAUCAUCAUGGCAGGUGGAAGGAGCAGGGAGGUAGUCAUUGGGGUGGGGGAAGGGUUCCUGUUCUCCAGUCAACAGCUGGGUGGAAUUCCCUAGUGUAACACAGUGUAUUGACAAUCCUACACCCAGAGGGACUUCGGUCGCUUUGCCCCUUAUGUUUGUUCCCUCUUGCAGUCACUGCAGGCUGACAGCAGGCAUGUCUCAUCUGCUCGCCCACUCAGUCUCCUGGGACUGGCUCCCGAGGGCCAAAGGGCAAGCGGGCACAACGCUGAUUCACAGAAGACUUGCAUGAUUCUUCCUCCCCCUUUCUCCCCUUUGGCAUCCACCUCCCUUGGGUCCUGGCAGCGCGCAGGGGACUCUCCCACCUCGGCGUCUGCUACAUAGCGACGGAGACAGUCUCUUAGUCCAGCUACUCCUCUCCCGUGGCUAGUGCAAGCCUGGACCCACUGUGUGUUCCCAGGGCUAGUUUUAAAUGCCCCAAUUAAUGGCCCUUGCACUGUUUCUGUUGGGGGAGCAUUGGACUGGCUACGCAGCCUUUAUCCUGAGGGUCCCCCUUCCUUUACUUUUGCUUCAUGUCCUCCCUUUGCUCCUGUGGCCCUCGACAGGACGGGCUUUGCAAUGGAAAUUUCCCACCACGCUCCCUCUUCAGUGUGUUUCAUUAGCCUCUCCCACCUGUCCCCACACAGACUCAUCCGGCUACAGGCCACUGUUGCCUAAAGGAGACAAGAGGUGAUGCUUGCCCUCUGCCGAGCUCUGUGUGUGUGUCCAUGUGACGCUCAUGUCUCUCAGUUGGGCUCCUACCAGAUACCUUACAGCACAGCCCCAAUCACAGCCAGCAUUCACAAGGCUCACCUGGGUCAAAGGGACAGGAGAGCCGGAGCGGGGACCGCUCCACAUGGUGCAUCCCAGUUGAAUGAGGCCACGGGCCUUUGGUAGCAGAGAGGCUGAAGAAAAUCUCCCCUAUUGCCCAGUAAAGUCUCAAUACAGGAAGCGACGGCUGUUUUAGGCCAUCACUGCUUGUGUGUCAGCCAAGCUAGUCCCUUGGUGCCCUUCCAUAGAUCUAGCUCCUUGCCGCUGUUUUCCCCGCGCUGUCCUCUCCCCUCCUGCAGCACGUAAGACUGGUCCCUUCCUGCCCUGGCCAUGUCUCUCUCAGCCUGUGGCUCCAACUUCUCCUGCUCCCGCCCUGGUGAUGUCUCCUCCAUCGUGCAGGCCUGAGUCAGGUUCUAUUGAGCAGAUAAAAUACCUCAGAUAUGAACUUGUUAUUGUGUUACCUCUUCAGGAAGUAUUGGCAUAUCUUAAAGCUUGUUUUUAUAUGUGUUUUGCUGACUUUGUUUUUAAUUUUUAUUUUUUAUUGUAGCACCAAAGAGAACAAAGCUGAGUGAAGGAACAGGUGGCUUCCCUGUCCUUAGCAUAGCCUGGAGGCAGUUCCAGCAGCAUUGACCCAGGAGCUGGGCAUGCAGGAUGGGGCGAUAGAGGAGGACAGAUGCAGGUGGAAGAAGGAGUAAGAGGACAGAUUUAUUUCUCAGGCUGGCUUGAGUUUCAGGAUUUCUCCUUAGUGUGGACAGUGGGGUGUCCCCAGUGAGGGACAAGUGGUCCCAAUGUGUGUUACAGAACUCUGUGAUCUAGUACUGGGCUUAUCCUUAGCAAGAUUGAUUAGAGCAGCUUGAAGGCGUUAAUUCUGUCUACACUACAGAUUUAGCUAGACCUCUUGCAGCACAGCAGUUCCCGACAGGUUAAAGUACAGUGCACUCUUCUAGCGUGGGCAGGACCUAACACCUGAAGUGUGCCGCAGCUUUGGAUUUGACUGGUCUGAUUCUCCUGUUUGUGUGAGGAGCUCAAACCAUUGUGUACUGCCCUAUUGCAACCAAGUGGUGCAUUGUGCAGUCCUGGAGGAAUAUGCAGAUCUACUAGGGCUCCAAACGCAGCAGGUGCAGAAUUCCCUCCAGGACUAAUUGUGGGAGCUUUUCUUGGCUCAGACAGGACCUAGAUGCUGGCCGGUGUUGGUUCUGCUUUCACCUGUUUUGGAAAGGCCUGCGUUACCAAACUCUGCCCCCAUCCCCAUGCUUCAGGGUUGUACAGUUCAGUAACAUGAGUCUAACCCACAUUGUCAGUCUCCCCACGGCAAGAUCAGCUCUCUAGAAAUGAGCUAGUUCUAGCAUGGUCUGUGGCGUUCCCCACUGAAACUCUCAGGGUGCCCGUGCCCCUUCAGAUCUGUCCAUGCCUGGGGCAGCGCCCACCAUGGCUGGGAAGAUUAUUGCUCGCAGGGUCCCGGCACAGUGGUUGUUUAGAGACUGAUCCCCUUCAGCAAUCUGCUGGACACUUUUCAGGCAUCGUUCGAAGGUUAGCAACAGCCACGCAUCGCAUGGUCACAGCUAGCCCAAUUCUUUGCCCCGUGUCUGCAGAGUCUAAGGGCUUCUCUGCUCUCCACAGCAAAGCAGUCAGGGUUGGGGGAUGACCUAACAGUGUUACCCCUCACUCGGCUCUUCCCCGUGCAGGUGGACAGAACCAUCUUCUCCGGUUGGUAUUCCAGCUCUCUGAGGCAAGGGACCUGGCUCUCCUCUCUCUUAUGUGGGUGUAAAUCAGGAGCUAAGUCAACUGAAGCCAGUUCUAGUUGUAAAACUAGUUUGAGAUGAGAAUCCAGCCGAAGGUCUACUGGACAGCUUAGUGAUGUUGUUAGAACCCAGCACCAGAGGCAAGAGCAAGCUGUGCAUGAAGAGGUCUAAUGGACCAUCCUGUGGGGUAACUUGCCUCAAGUCUGCUUGCCUGCACAGCUGAGCAUUAAGUCAUUGCACAUUUCCUCCUUCUCGAGCCCACAAGUGUCUUGGACUCCUUCCCUUAGUCCUCAAGUGCUUUUACGUAAGGCCGAGGUUCUCUGUACUGAAAUAAGGUGCCGCUUUGGGAGCUGGGGCCAGGCUGCUGGCGCAAGCUCCGAGCUGUGAACAAAACACCUUCUAAGUUCACACAAGCUCACAGUGGGGAGUGCAGCUGAGCCUAAGUCAAAGCCCACUGGAUCCAACAGGGAAUUUGAGGAGCAUUUUCCCGACUGAUCGGGAGGCUACAAAUCACCCCAUUGCAACAAUCACCGUGGGCGCCUCCUAAUGGGAGAGUGUCCUAAUUGGCUGGGGGGGGAGGUCUCCCCUCCUGCAAUAUUCAAAGAGAACAACAAUGCUCCAUCUUGCAUCUGCUGUGUAACAUUAUAGCUGUCCCUCCGAACCAGCAGCAGCUCCUCUGUGGACACCGGCACAUCCCCUUGAUCCCAGAAUGCUCUGCUGCUUUGUGAUCUCAUCCAUUACCUCUCAUGGAAGGAGCAUGUACCAUAGAGCAGGGGUAGGGCUGGAGACCUGUUAGAAGCCCAGGGACCGGAUCUGAUUUGCAUACAUAAAUUUAACACACGUGCUGUGAGCACUUUCAGUGUGAAACUGAGUUGGCCCAUCCCUCGUGCUCAGUCAGAGCUGGAAUCGCCUCUGAUGGCGAACAGAAAUCGCUUAGUGGUUGAGUUCAUCAGCCGGAAAGCCCUUUCUUCUCAGCCUGGCGCUCCAGCGAGAGGGGUGGUGUUUCAGGCCUCGGGAGGCCCAGCUGUAGGACACUCCCCUGCCCAGGUGUUAUAUUAUACGGCUUAGCUGGUCUCAGUAGCAGACACUGUGACUUCUUUUUAACAGUCAAAUGAUUUAGAAUGCGCCUGCCCUGAGGCAGUUUCUGCCUUGGGGCUUCCUCUCUCCUAUUGCCUUCAGUGGAAGCUGUACGCACCCGCACACUUGUGGGGACAAGACUUCGGCCCCAGUGCAUUAUGAAUCUUGCAGCCUUCCAGGGCAUUUCAUUGUCUCAAAGGCUUGAGAUUUUGUACAGUCAGGGGAUCUUUGUAGUUGUCCUGUUCCUUGUUUGGGGGUGGAGUUGGGGAUUAUUCCCCAAGAAUAGGGCUGUGGGAUUCCUGCUUUUCUGUAUGCUUUCUUCUCUCGUCCUGGGGAGCAGAGGUUAAGAAUGGGUGUUUUGCUUGCAUAUCACAUGCUCCCGUUGUGUUUUCUUGCACAGAAAGCCACUCGAAUCACUGAACUGAUAAAACGCUUUGACACUACUAGAGUAUUAAUGUUUAUAAGCUUUACACAGCUAGUCUGGAAAUAGGCAGGGACUAACAGAUUGGUUUUUAUCAAAUUCAGGGAAAGACUAAAGUUUGGAUGUGAAACGGAUACCUCAGUAAAAUAAGCUGCAACAAUAAACUUCUCUUUCAUUAGCUGGCUACAAGGAUCAGCCACUCAGACUGUGAAAACUAACCCUUUCCCUAGCCUGAGCUUGAUACUAGCACUUGGCUUGAUGCA